AGCACAAUCUGUCUGUUCGUCGCAAAAGUAAACGCACGAAAAAAUAAUGCCAAAAGUGAAGAGAAGCAGAAAACCUCCCCCAGAGGGAUGGGAACUGAUUGAACCAACGUUAGACGAGUUAGAUGCUAAAAUGAGAGAGGCGGAGGUUGACCCUCAUGAAGGAAAGCGGAAGGUUGAAGGACUCUGGCCGAUUUUCCGGCUCCACCACCAGAAAUCGAGAUAUAUUUAUGAUUUAUUCUACAGAAGGAAAGCCAUCAGUAGACCAUUGUAUGAAUAUUGUUUGAAAGAAAAUAUUGCGGACAAGAAUCUGAUUGCCAAGUGGAAAAAACAGGGAUAUGAAAAUUUGUGCUGCCUGAGGUGUAUACAAACAAGAGACACAAAUUUUGGCUCCAACUGUAUCUGCCGUGUUCCCAAGUCCAAACUAGAGGCAGGUAAGAUUGUGGAGUGUGUCCAUUGUGGAUGUCGAGGUUGUUCAGGAUGAUUGGACUAUACCAUUCCAGUGAGUCUCCCCAAUGAAUUUGUUAUCGUCUCAUUCAAUAUCAGACUUAUGAAUGAAUAUUUACCUCUCUUGAAUUCUUUGAUCAGAAGUGGACAGCAGGAACCUAGAUAUAUUGACUAGCUAUGAGAGGGUGGACCAUGCAAUAUAUGUAUAACAAAAAAAUCUCCUUCAUCUGGUGUUUUAUCAAGUCAUUUACAUGUACAUUAUAUAUGUAUGUUUUAUAUUGUAAAAUAAAGGUUGAUUUUACAUA